AUGAGCGGCGAUGUCAGCAGCGCUAUUCCCUGGGACGGCGUGCUCGCCUGCGCCAGCGGUCUCGCCUUUCAUUGGCUUAGCUCGCGCAGCGGAAAGGAAGCCACGUCACUCAAGGCAGUCCCAAGGGUGCCGAGGCUGAGAGAGCUCGGACGAAUGCUGCAAGGCACUAAGGGGUACUCCCCUCUGAUCGUUGCAGUCACGGGCAAAGUGGGCAGCGAUCAGCCAAUCACGUGCGAGAACAGCAGCCUACGUGGCGUCAUCGUGGAGCAGACUGCAGAGCAGUUUUUCCUGAAGCACAAUGAUGCAGGGGCGUGGGUGCAGGACUCAGCAUUUCUCAUCCGGAAUCUGAAGUCUGUGCCCUGGUACAUUGACGAUGGCACGGGCCGAGCCAACGUGGUGGGGGCACGUUCGGCAGCAGGCUUGGAGCUAACAGUGGGCACGGAGGUCUUUGAUGACAGUGGCAAGUCGGUGGUGCGCAGCACUGUGGAUUACCUGCAGGGCAUCAAGGUGCUGGGAAUAAAGCGAGUGGAGAAGGUGCUACCAGUGGGCACCAGCCUCACAGUCGUGGGUGAGGCUGUGAGGGACGACAGGGGCAGCAUCACACUGCAGCGGCCGCACCAGGGAGGCCCCUUCUUUGUCUCGCCACGCUCCUUAGAUGCUCUCAUUGCCUCGCUCGGCACGUUCUCCCAGUGGUGCCGAUGGCUGUCGUAUGGGUGCACGGCGGUGGGUGCGGUGCUCAUAGUGGGGCGCAUCGUGGGGGGCGUGAUGGAGAGGAGGAGGAGAGCGGCUAUUAGGAGGAGGGUUUUAGAGGCGGAAGCAGCAGCGUCAGCAGCAAGGGAUCAUCAGAGCAACUCAUCGGCCUCACAAAACGACACUGCCACGUCAGAUGCAGCCAAGGAAGCUGCUGACGGGGACCUGCCAGCUCAGCUUCCUGACACCUGUGUUAUCUGCCUGGAGCAGAAAUACAACUCCGUCUUUGUCCCGUGCGGCCACAUGUGCUGCUGUGUGCACUGUGCCGCUCAGCUCACCCACAACGGGUGGCAUCACCACAAUCUCUCCUCCCUAGCCAAAAGCGACCAGCCCUCUCAUUACGCUGCCGAGAUCGCCGCGCUCCUCACAUUGCUCCCCGCGCACGCUGCGCCCGCCCCGCCGCCUUGCGCGCUCACGGGGCUUGCGCCGAAGAAGCCCGUCGUUCCGCCGUCGCGGUGCCCCGCGGCGGCGCAGCUGUCGUGCUGCGCGGACUGCUCCGACACGAGUCUCGCGCUGCAGCUCGUUUCCACCAACCUCGCGGAUGUCGUUCAACAGAUCGACCCCUCCCUUGGCGGCUUCAUCGAUGCGGGUCUAAUGGUGUGCGAAGCGUUCAAGCCGUACCCCAAGUGCAUGCUCAUGAUCGAGGAGAUCGUCUGCGGCACCACGUGCAAUCCAGAUUCGGGAAGCUACGUUACGAAGUCACCGUCGGGGGAAUACAUCAUGACGGUCUGCCCGGAAUUUGCGAACGCGACCUACGACACGUGCAAGGACGUCGAAAUCAGUGGCUUCGCGCUCAAUCUGUUCAUCCCUGACGCGAAUGCCAUGAUGACCAUGGUCGUUUCCAAUGUCAUCGCAGUCAUGGGUGUGAAGAACUUCAACAUCACCAUUGCUCCUGGUGCAUGCUUCACAGGAGCCGCAGCCACGCCAGCCUACACCCCCUGCUGCGACCCCCUCCCGGUCGACCCCAAGUGCCCGGCAGGGUCAGUGGAUACAGUAAAGUACGCGCCCUACAUCAACCGCACCAUCGAUUCUGCAGCCUGCAUGGCCGGUGCACCCCAGGCUGCACCUGCUCCCGCUCCGCCUGUUCCCGCUGCACCCACUCCUGCACCUACUCCCGUUGCGCCGGCUCCUGCUCCGCCUGCACCCACUGCGGGAACACCCCCGCCUUCGCCCCAAGCACCAGGGGUGGCGCCUAGCACCCCUCCGGCCUCUCCCAGCCCAGCACCUGUGAAUCCCUCGCCGCCGCCUCCUCCGCCCAAGUCCGGGGCUGGUUCCGCUGCUUCGGUGAUGUCACUGGUGGCUCUGGCGGUUGUCGCCGCGCUCAUCGCGCUUCUCCCCGCGCUGCUCCCCGCGCACGCUGCGCCCUCCGCCGCCGAUCUCUGCCCGCUCUCGGGCCUUCCGCCGAAGAAGCCCGUCGUUCCGCCGCACCGGUGCCCCGCGGCGGCGGAGCUGUCGUGCUGCGCGGACUGCGCGGACACGAAUCGCGCGCUGCAGCUCGUGUCGUCGACCCUCGACGACGUCGCGCAACGGAUCGACCCCAAUAUCCCCGGCGGCGGCUUAUUUGAUCUCAGCCCCAUGGUGUGCGACGUGUUCCAGCCGUACCCCCAAUGCAUGCUCAUGAUCGAAAAGAUCAUCUGCGGUGCCACCUGCAACCCAGGCGAGUGCUGCUUCAUCGCAUCGCAUUCGGAAAGCUAUGUGGUGAAGAAGACGGGAGGAGAAAUCGUUAUGACGAUCUGCCAGGAAUUCGCGAAUACCGCAUACAAAGCAUGCAAGGACGUAGAAAUCCAGGGCACGGCAAUAAGCCAGCUCAUUCCCGACGUUGAAAACAUGAUGGUCUAUGUGACCAACUACAUUGCGAAUUUCAUGGGCAUUGAGAAUUUCAACAUCGCCAUCGGUACACGACCAUGCUUAACAGGAGCCGCACCCACGCCAGCCUACACCCCCUGCUGCGACCCCCUCGCCGUCGACCCGAAAUGUCCCGCGGGGGCUGUUGACAAGGUCGCGUAUGCUGCCUACAUCAAUCGCACCAUUGACUCCGCAGCCUUUCUCGCCUUCGCCGCGCUCUUCCUCGCGGCGCUGCUCCCCCCCGCAAAUGCGGCUCCCGCGGCCGUCCCGCGCUGCGCGCUCACGGGCCUUCCGCCGAAGAAGCCCGUCGUUCCGCCGCACCGGUGCCCCGCGGCGGCGGAACUCUCGUGCUGCGCGGACUGCGCGGACACGAAUCAAGCGCUGCAGCUCGUCUCGUCCACUCUCGACGAUCUUGCUGGAAUGAUCAACUACAUGCUCCCUGGCGGCGCCCCGCAGGUAUGCAACGCGCUUCAGCCAUACCCCCAGUGCAUGCUCAUGAUUGAAAGGACCAUCUGCGGCGCCACCCUCAUGGGCUAUGUGGCCUUGUACGCUUCGAAUUUCGCCUAUUCGAUGCUUGGUGCAUACCAGACUUUCAAUAUCACCAUCGCUCCUGGACCAUGCUUCUCAGGAGCUGCGGCAGCACCAGCCUACACCCCCUGCUGCGACCCCCUCGCUGUCGACCCCAAAUGUCCCCCAGGCGCUGUGGACAAACUCACGUACGCGCACUACAUCAACCGCACCAUCAAUUCCACCGCCUGUAAGGCCGCUGCGCCCCAGACGACUCCCCUGCCUACUGGUACCGCCACUGCUCCCCCGCCUGCUUCCCCCGCGCCUGCUUCCCCCGCGCCUGCUUCCCCCGCGCCUGCUUCCCCAAUGCCUGCUUCCCCUGCAGCAACUCCCCCAGCUUCCCCUAGCCCAGCGCCUGUGGCUCCUUCGCCCCUGCCCCCUCCGCCCAAGUCCGGGGCUGCUUCUGUCGCUUCGCUGAUGUCGGUGGUGGCUCUGGUGGCGGUUGGUGGUGCAGUGUUCGCGACCUCGAGUUCAAAGUCGCCUCCACGCGAAUCAAGUGGCACUCUAGAGCUGACACAUAAGCUUCCUCAUGUGUGUGUGUGUGCACGCACGUGUCUCUCUCCCCUCUCUCCAGACUACCUCCGACGCAUCGAGCUCAUUCAGGACCUCGAGUUCAAGGUCGCUUCCACUCGAAUCAAGGCGUCCCGCGACGGAAAAUACCUCUUCGCAUCAGGUGUGCCUGCAUUUGCAAACAAUGCUUCCUUGCAUGAGGUGCGCUUCAGACUUCAGUAUGCCUCACUCUCUGCCCCACUCUCCCCUCCCCUCUCCCCAGGCGUGUACCCCCCUCAGGUGCGGGUGUAUGAGCUAGCAGAGCUGUCGCUCAAGUUUGAGCGCAAUCUGGUUUCAGGAAUCGUGGACUUCCUUCCAGGCGUGUACCCUCCUCAUGUUCGGGUGUACGAGCUGGCAGAGCUCUCUCUCAAGUUUGAGCGCAAUCUGGACUCGGAGAUUGUGGAUUUUCAGGUGUUUACAGAUGACUACAGCAAGAUCAACACUCCUCUCUCCCUUGCUCUGUCUCCUCCUUGCCUCCCAAACCCCCCAAACCCAGGCGUUUACCCCCCACAAGUGCGCGUGUACGAGCUGGCGGAACUCUCCCUCAAGUUUGAGCGCAAUCUGGACUCGGAGAUCGUGGACUUUCAAGUUCUCACAGAUGAUUACAGCAAGAUUGCCUUUCUCUGUGCCAACCGCUCCGUGUGCUUCCAUGCCAAGUUCGGGGCUUACUUCAAGACACGCAUCCCCAGGAUGGGUCGUGGAUUGGCGUACGACCCGGCCUCGUGUGAUCUGCUGCUGGCUGCCUCCUCGCCUGAGAUUUACCGGAUCAACCUGGAGCAGGGUCAGUUCCAGCAGUCCUUGCAGUCGCGCUCGCCAGCAGUGAAUGUGAUCGGUCGAAGCCCCUCCCACGGGCUCAUUGCGUGUGGCGGGGAGGACGGCGCCUUGGAGUGUUUCGACAACCGCCAGGCCUCAGCCGUGUCUCGCAUCGAUGCCGUUAGGGCCACUGGGAAUGCGGACCAGCAAGUGACAGCAGUGCGCUUUGAAGACACAGAGGGCAUGCAUCUGGCGGUUGGCACGAGCACAGGCCAGUCACGUCGCAUGGUUACAGGGGUGAAGGAAAAACCUAUCCCCCACUCCCUCCCCCAACUCCACCUCCCAUUUCCCUCCCCUCCCGCCCCCCUCUCCCAGGUGUUGCUAUACGACCUCCGCUCCUCCAAGCCCUAUCGGAUAAAGGAUCACAUGUACGGCAGUCCCAUUCACAGCAUCAAGUGGCAUAGAGGCAUAGCAGGGUCAUCCCAGCACAUCAUCUCAACUGACAAGCGCAUAAUCAAGAUCUGGAACCCUGCCACGGGCACCAACGUGACAAGUGUGGAGCCAACAGAGCCAGGAGGCAUCAACGACGUGUGUGUGAUGCGCGGCAGCGGGCUGAUUGUAGCAGCCAUGGACUCGCCUCGUCUGCAGGCCUACUUCAUCCCCUCCCUUGGCCCCGCUCCCCGGUGGUGCUCGUUUCUCGAGAACAUCACUGAGGAGCUGGAGGAGGGUGGUGCAGCGAUGUAUGAUGAUUACAAGUUUGUCACACGGGACGAGCUUCAUGCAUUGGGGCUCACCGAGCUUCUGGGGACCAACCUUCUGCGCCCCUUCAUGCACGGCUUCUUCCUGCACUCCCGGCUCUACCACAAGGCCAAGUCCAUAGCGGACCCAUUCGCAUGGGACGCAUACCGGCAGCAGAAGGUGAAGGAGAAGAUCGAAGCCCAGAGAGCCAGCCGCAUAUCGGUGCAAAAGAAGCUUCCCAAGGUGAAUGCGAAGCUGGCUGCGCAGCUGAUGCAGCAGAGUGGGGCCGAGGGCGCGCGGGAGGAGGGAGGAGGAGGAGGAGGAGGAGGACGAGGAGGAGGAAGGGGCGGGUGGGAAGGCGCGGAAGCAGCGCAAGGCUGCUGCCAGUGCUCUGGCUGA